GCGCGGCGCAUGCUGGGAAAUGUAGUCCCCGGCUCGGCAGCCGCUACGGGCGGCGCGCGGUGCCCGCCGGGAGUUGUAGUCCGUGGCUCCGCCCCCUGGGCCGCGCCAUCAUGGCGGAUCCGCCGGAGGAGGCGGGGGGCGGCUCGGCCCGGGCCGGGCCGGGGGUCGCGGGGCCCCCCCGGGGGCGGCAGCGGCUGGAGGCGCUGCUGAACCGGAGCCUCCGGAUCCGCAUGUCCGACGGGCGGACCCUGGUGGGAGCGUUCCUGUGCACCGACCGCCAGAGCAACGUCAUCCUGGGCUCGGCGCAGGAGUUCCUCAAGGCCGCAGACGCGUUCCCGGGCAGUGAACCCCGAGUUCUGGGGCUGGCCAUGGUCCCCGGGCACCACAUCGUGUCCAUCGAGGUGGAGCCCCCCUACCCCUGAGUGACCCCCGAGGGACCCCAAAAACACCUCGAGAGACCCCCUGGAUGGACCCCAAAACCACCUGAUGGACCCCAAAAACACCUGAUGGAGCCCAAAAACACCUCAUGGA